AUGUGGCUGGCUUUUGGACUGCUGUUGCUUCUGAAUGAUGCGCUCGCAUCGAACUCUAGCAUCAUAACUUUCGCAGAUGUGUGGCAAUCAAUUCACUACCUGCCGAGGAAAUCGAACGUGAGACGUCAGCGUGCUAUACCGGUGUCUACGCCGUUUCCCUGCGCGAGCUCUGUACCAUGGGGCAGAAGUCGGCAGCGUCCCACUUCGGUCCACCGGCUGCGACCCGGUGACAUCGAUGUGGUGGCCGCGAUUGGAGAUUCCCUUGUAGCUGGUAGCGGAGCCCUAGAGGAGUUCGCGCUUGGUGCUAUUAUUGAGUAUCGAGGCGUAUCUUGGUGUGCAGGUGGCGACAGCACUUGGCGUGAAUUCCUAACGCUGCCAAACAUCCUUAAGGAGUACAAUCCCAACUUACGUGGCUACUCAACGGGUACGGGGGAAUGGCUGGCGAAGAACUCCAGGCUCAACGUGGCCUUCCCCGUCGCUUCAGAUGAAGAUGCAUACAAACAAGCCAAGAUCCUAGUCGCACGUAUGCGUGCCUCCCCGGAUAUUGACAUGGAGCGUGACUGGAAAAUGGUGACGGUGUUUAUUGGUGCCAACGAUCUGUGCUCGGCUUCGUGCUUGUCGCCAGUGUCUUGGUCACCGGCCGCACACGCCAGGAAGCUCGCCCGCGCAUUAGACUACUUCUACGAGCACCUACCCAGGACCAUCAUCAACCUUAUUCCCGUGCUGGACGUGUCGGUGUCGGUGCGCGUGGUGCGGCCGCUGAUGUGCCGGCUGAUGCACUCGCUGUUCUGCACGUGCUUCCACCGCGGCGGCAACGAGCUGCGCGACCUCGUGCGCAUGGCGCGCCUCUACCAGAAGGCCGAACUCGCGCUGGUGGAGAGCGGGCGCUACGAGCGGCGCGGUGACUUUACGGUGGUGGUGCAGCCGUUCAUGCGGCUGUUCAACGCGCCGCCCGCGCCGCGCGGCCCGCUGCCACUCGUUAUCCACCGCUCCUACAUCACGCACGACUGCUUCCACUUCUCGCAGAAGGGCCACGCGCUCGCUGCGAACCUCCUGUGGAACAACCUCCUGGAGCCGGUGGGCAACAAGUCGGACAACGUGCCCCCCGUGCUGCUGAAGUCCUUCCGCUGCCCGACUCCCGAAGCUCCCUUCUUCUUCACCGCUAAAAACUCCAGGACUUACCUAGAAACCGGACGGCAAGACGGAGCUGACGAAUUCUGA